AUGAUUUCCAAAAAAUAGGGGGAUUUGAUUAAAAAAUUUAUGGAUGCAAACGAUACUAGCAAAGAUAAUGUUUAAAUAGUAGUAAAAUUCCCAGAUAUACCCAAAACUGACGUUGUGAGUUACAAUUAUUUUUUUGAAGUAAUGGGCAAAUAAGAAUAUUUAUUCUUAUAGUAGUUUUAUCCCUUUCAUUUGGAAAUGAAAAACCACUUAGAAUUUAAACCGUACUAUUCGAUUCUAACUUGUUAUUCAUGUGAAAUGCAUAAUUAUUCAAUAUAGUAUAAUGAUUGCUUGUCUGGAGGUAGGUAUUGUUAAUUUUUUCUAAAUGGGGUUGUUCCUAUAGAUGGUUCAGAUUCUGUAAGAGAAACUAUUAGAUAGUUGUGCAUAUUCAAAUAAGAUAAAUCUAAAUGGUGGGAGUAUGUAUACAAAUUCGGCAAUUAAUGCCUAUCAAACGCAUAUCUCCCUUCUUGCUCAUUUGAUAUUAUGGCAAAAGUGGGUAUAGAUGCAGAAGAAGUAAAAGCAUGCUAUGUCAAAAGCUUUAUCAACGGAAUUGAAGAUCAAGGAGAGAAUCAUUUACUUAAUGAACAAAUUGAUUUUAAGAGGAAGCAUUUAAUUUUAUGGGCUCCUUCGUUACAUAUCAACGACAUCAGAUAUAAGGGAAGAUUGACUUUCCACAACGAAACCAACAUGAUAGAAAAAGAAGAUUCAUCAUUGUUUAAUACAACCUUUUUUGGACCUUUGCAAACAAUUUGUAGGGCUUUCAAAGAUGAAUCCCUUCCUGAUAUUUGUAAAGAAAAAAUAGGAGGGUUGUUGAAGGCCAAAUCUGGCUAUCGUCUACUUUCAUAGCAGCAAAUUGAAAAUACUACAAAUUCCAGUACUGAAGCAAUAAACAUUGUAAUAGUGUUUGGUAUGGCAUUGAUUAUGAUUUGUGCUACUUUAUUAUACUAGAAAAUAAUGAAAAAACCAGCUAAAGAAAAAAGUAAUGGAUAAGACAAUGUAUGCUCUACUCAAUAUUCAACAAUCAAUAUAUAGGAGAAAAUUACACAAAGCUGA